UCGCCGCGCUUAAACCCUCAAAAACCUAGUUGCACACUGCGUCUCCUCUGAUGCCCUUUCUCUCCCUCUCUUCUCCUCCGUGGCUCCGUCUUUGCCAGGCGCUUCUAAGCUCCGUCCGAUCAGAGAUUUUAUUCCUUUUUUCGGACCUUCAGCUAAUAUAUAGGUGGAUAGAAAGGAGAUUUUUGGUGUAGUUUUUGUUGUUCUAUCCAACCGAAAUGCUCGAAGCUGCUUACAGGAACAGCUCAAUCCAGUGGAAGCCAUCUCCUGUUGUAGCUCUAGCCACCAGCGCAGAUGACUCCCAGGUCGCUGCUGCUCGUGAGGAUGGCUCACUCGAGAUUUGGCUUGUGUCUCCUGGCUCCGUUGGCUGGCACUGUCAGCUGACUAUUCAUGGAGACCCUAAUUCGAGAGUUUCAUCACUCGUUUGGUGUCGAGAUGGCUCAAAAGGAUUGCCUUGUGGCAGGUUGUUCUCGUCAAGUAUUGAUGGUUCAGUUUCGGAAUGGGAUCUUUUUCACUUGAAGCAGAAGACUGUCCUAGAGUCAAUUGCUGUCUCAAUUUGGCAGAUGGCAGUGGAACCUUCUAGUAAUCCACCAAGUCAAAAAGAUCUUAAACCCAAGAACGUUGAAAAUGGAUAUUUAAAUAAUAAACAGAAUGAUACUGAUGAUUAUCCAUUCAGUGAAAGUGAAGAUGAUUCAGACUCUGAUGAACCUCACGAGCAAUCCGUUGUUGAGGAUCCACGCGUAGCAAUUGCUUGUGAUGAUGGCUGUGUGCGGAUAUACACUAUUCCUGACUCAGAUGAAUUAAUAUAUAAUAAAACGUUGCCAAGGGUCAGUGGGCGAGUUUUAAGUGUGGCGUGGAGUGCUGAUGCAAGUAAGAUAUAUUCAGGGAGUAGUGAUGGAUUUAUAAGGUGCUGGGAUGCUAAAGUGGGUCAUGAGAUGUACAGGAUUACAGUUGGGCUUGGUGGCGUGGGUAGUGGACCUGAACUUUGUGUAUGGUCCUUACUUGCUCUGAGAUGUGGGACCCUUGUUAGUGCAGACAGUGCUGGUAGUGUUCAAUUUUGGGACUCUCAGCAUGGGACACUGUUGCAGGCACAUUCUUCUCACAAAGGGGGUGUGAAUGCUCUGGCAGCUGCUCCUAGUCAUAACAGGGUGUUCUCCGCUGGAUCUGACGGUCAGGUUAUUCUUUAUAAGCUUUCUAGUGAGACGGUUGGAUCUAGUGAAGAUGUGUCUGCAAAAGUGAUGAAGAAAUGGGUAUAUGUUGGUUAUGUAAGAGCUCACACGCAUGAUGUUAGGGCAUUGACAGUUGCGGUGCCAAUCAGUCGGGAAGAUCCGUUGCCUGAUGAAAAGGUAAAAAGACCUCGUAGUAGAAAGAGGCCCAUUGAUUUUAGUUAUCGUAAGUGGGCCCAUCUGGGAGUUCCCAUGCUGAUCUCUGCUGGUGAUGACACAAAGCUGUUUGCCUAUUCUGCCAAGGAAUUCACCAAGUUCUCUCCUCAUGAUAUCUGCCCUGCACCACAGAGAGUGCCUAUUCAGUUAGUUCUUAAUACUGUAUUCAACAGGAAUUCUUUGCUUCUAGUUCAAGGAUCUUAUUGGCUAGAUAUUCUCUGUGUUCGUGUGAAAAGUGGGAUCAUGCCAGAUGCUGGUCCUGGCCCCUCUAGUGGUUAUGCAAAUACGGAUUUGCUGGCUCGAAUUAAAACUAAAGCAUCUCGGAAGAUCAUAUGCAGCACCAUUUCUAAUGCGGGAACAUUGUUUGCUUAUUCAGACCAUGUUAAACCCAAUCUUUUUGAAUUGAAGAAGCAUAGUGGCAAAACUGCUUGGGCUGUUAAUAAAAAGCAACUUCCUCAGAAAUUACCAUAUGCUCAUUCCAUGAUUUUUAGUUCUGAUUCUUCUAGGCUGAUGAUUGCAGGGCAUGAUAGAAGAAUAUAUGUUGUGGACGUGGGCAGCUUGGAACUAGUACAUACUUUCACCCCUCAGCAUGAAGAAUGUGAUGAGGAAUUACCACCCACUGAGCCCCCUAUAACUAAAAUGUUCACCAGUGGUGAUGGACAGUGGUUAGCUGCUGUCAAUUGCUUUGGAGAUGUAUAUAUUUUUAAUCUGGAGACGCAAAGGCAGCAUUGGUUUAUAUCAAGAUUGGAUGGUGCCUCUGUUACAGCUGGUGGUUUUCCUCCUCAAAAUAACAAUGUUCUUGUAGUCACCACCUCUUCAAACCAGGUUUAUGCAUUUGACGUGGAGGCAAAACAGUUGGGAGAAUGGUCCAUGCGGCAUACAUUUGUUCUGCCCAGGAGAUACCAAGAAUUUCCCGGGGAGGUUAUAGGGCUCUCAUUCUUACCUUUAUCAAGUCCACCUUCUGUUAUCAUUUACAGUGCCAGGGCAAUGUGCUUGAUUAACUUUGGGAUGCCAGUCGAUCGCGAGGAGGACAAUGAUUUGAUAAACAGUCAGCAUUCUCCAUUCAAGAAGUUACAAAAUACUCUUCUUAACGGGAAAUUGAAGCGGAGGUUAAAAGACUGUCAAACAGAGGUUAAACAUCCAAAAAAUUUUGAAUUUCUCGCAUUCAGAGAUCCUGUUUUAUUUAUUGGAAACCUUUCUGAAAAUUCAAUCUUGAUUAUGGACAAACCAUGGAUGGAUGUGGUUAAGAGUUUGGAUGCCGCUCCUGUACACAGACAUAUAUAUGGGACAUAACUGCUGUGUUGUUGUCUUUAGUAGUUUACAGCCUCAGAUGGGAGAAUGCAGAAGUGGCAAUUGAUCCCAAAAUUUUGACAAUACUAUAGAGUUUUUCUACACUGGAUAUUGGGUGAGUUUUGGUGGGGCCGGGGUUGAGAUAUUCCAGGGCAUGUUGUCAAUUGUAUCACUAAAAUAAUUCUGACCUGUUAAAAAGUAGCAUUUUUUUUUCUUUUAGCAUAUUUUUCUUUGUACCAUUUUGAAAUUCAUAUGUUUGAUCAGUAAGUGCGUAAAUUCCUUGCAUUCAA